CCAAUCACCACUAUUUGAAUAUAUUGGAAUCAUGGCAACUAGUGACAUCAGUUUCCAGUCUCAACACACAAUCAAUGGAAAUGACGCUUACAAGUGUCAUACGGAAUGCCCCGAUACAACAGAUUUGAUUGGGUUAGAGGGAUGGACAUGCUAUUGCCUAGAGAAUACAAACGAGAGUAAAAUUCGUCAAGACAGGGAUGUCUCAAAAUGCAGUGGAAACGUUGAGGAAAUCUGCGGAGGACGUGGAAAGGUUUCUAUACACAGGCUCACAUUUCCGAAACCAGAAAUUUUGACCUUGAAAGCUGACAGUUUAGGCCUAUGUGCUUACAUGUCCCUCAUACAGUACGGACUACAGGUGAAGACGGGUUCGAACUGCAGUAUACCAAGAGGAGUCGCAUAUUCCGGGAAGUAUAUGUGUACAAUAAAUUGGCGUAAUGCACAUACGGCACCAAUCCCGCCCACUCCCCGUGGCCUACAGGGCCCGUAGCUAGCGUAUAUGCAUGUGUGUUGUGUGUGUGUCUGUGUAUGUGUGUGU